UACGCAAACGAGAAAGAACGUCGACCAAUCAGCGUGGCCUCCAGAAGUGCCGGGCCAAACAACACUGUGGUCUGCAUGCCUGCAUUCACUUGUGAUCCACUGAAUUAAUUUUUGUUUCUCAUAAAUUCCUAUAAAGGUAGAGACAUCCAGACGGUGGAAUUAUUCCCUACAAAAGACAUGGAUGCAGAGGGUUUUGGGGAGCUGCUACAGCAGGCUGAACAACUCGCAGCUGAGACAGAAGCAGUGUCAGAACUGCCUCAUGUUGAGAGGAACUUGCAGGAAAUCCAGCAGGCUGGAGAACGGCUCCGUUCACGUACUCUGACUCGAACAUCCCAAGAUGCUGCCGAUGUGAAAGCGUCGAUCCUUCUUGGUUCAAGAGGGUUGGACAUAUUUCACAUCUCUCAGAGGCUGGAAAGUUUAAGUGCAGCCACAACAUUUGAGCCUUUGGAACCUGUUAAAGACACCGACAUCCAGGGCUUCUUGAAGAAUGAAAGGGACAACGCCCUGCUGUCCGCCAUUGAGGAGUCGCGCCGCAGGACUUUCAUGCUGGCUGAAGAGUACCACCGGGAGUCCAUGUUGGUCCAGUGGGAACAAGUGAAGCAGCGGGUGUUGCACACACUCCUGGGAGCUGGCGAGGACGCACUGGACUUCAGUCAAGAUGUCGAGCCCAGCUUUGUGAGCGAAGUAAACCCUCCAGGAAGAAGCACUCUUGACAAUGUGGAGGUGGCGUACGGCCGUCAGAUCUACAUUUUUAAUGAGAAGAUUGUGAAUGGUCAUGUUCAACCUAACCUUGGAGACCUGUGUUCGUCGGUGGCUGAUAGCCUGGAUGACAAGAACGUUUCAGAAUUGUGGCUGAUGGUGAAGCAGAUGACAGAUGUGAUGCUUUUUCCUGCCAAAGAUUCUCUCAAGAGUCGCACUUCUGUUGAAAUGCAAAUGUCCUUCGUGCGACAAGCACUCAAUUUCCUGCAGAACAGUUAUAAGAACUUUGCAAUGGUGACAGUGUUCGGCAACCUUCAUCAAGCUCAGCUGGGGGGCGUGCCUGGAACAUAUCAACUGGUCCGCAGUUUCCUCAACAUCAAGCUACCUGGACCGCUGCCCGGCACACAGGAUGGUGAUAUAGAGGGACACCCAGUGUGGGCCGUGAUCUACUACUGUCUGCGCUGUGGAGACGUGAACGCCGCAAUGCAAGUGAUCAACAGAGUACAACAUCAGCUCGGGGAAUUCAAAACCUGGUUCCAGGAAUACAUAAACAGCCCCGACCGGCGUCUGUCCCCAGCUUCAGAGAACAAGCUUCGUCUGCACUACCGCCGAGUGCUGAGGAACAGUGCUGACCCCUACAAGAGAGCUGUCUUCUGCCUGAUCGGAAAAUGUGAAAUUGGCGAUAACCACGGAGAAGUAGCCGACAAGACCGAGGACUAUCUCUGGCUGAAGUUAAACCAGGUGUGUUUUGAUGAUGACGGCAGCAGCUCUCCUCAGGACAGACUGACCUUAUCACAGCUGCAGAAACAGUUGCUGGAAGAUUAUGGAGAGUCCCAUUUUUCUGCCAGCCAGCAGCCCUUCCUGUAUUUCAAAGUCUUGUUCCUGACCGCUCAGUUUGAAGCUGCGGUUGCUUUUCUGUUCCGCGUCGAGAGACUGCGGAGUCACGCUGUGCACGUGGCGCUGGUUCUGUACGAGCUGGGGCUGCUGCUGAAGUCGUCGGGUCAAAGUGCUCAACUGCUGAGUCAGGAGGCUGGCGACCCACCGAUGGUACGCCGCCUCAACUUCAUCCGUCUCCUGAUGCUCUACACUCGCAAGUUUGAGUCCACCGACCCCAGAGAAGCCCUGCAGUACUUCUACUUCUUACGCAAUGAGAAGGACAGUCAGGGAGAGAAUAUGUUCAUGCGCUGUGUCAGCGAACUUGUCAUUGAGAGUCGAGAGUUUGACAUGUUGUUGGGGAGAUUAGAGAAGGACGGCAGCAGGAAGCCCGGAGUCAUAGACAAGUUUGCCGGAGACACCCGAGCUAUCAUCAGUAAAGUGGCUCUGGAGGCCGAGAACAAGGGCUUGUUUGAAGAAGCUGUCAAACUGUAUGAACUGGCCAAGAAUCCAGAUAAGGUGUUAGAGCUGCUGAACCGGCUCUUGAGUCCCGUCAUCGCCCAGGUCAGCGCCCCACAGUCCAACAAGGAAAGGCUGAAAAAUAUGGCACUUGCCAUCGCGGAGAGGUAUCGCUCGCAGGGCGUGGCAGGAGACAAGUCAGUCGACAGCACCUUCUAUCUGCUCUUAGACCUCAUGACAUUCUUUGACGAGUACCACGCUGGAAAUGUUGACAGAGCGUAUGAUGUGAUGAAGCGUCUGAAGCUCCUUCCUCUCAGUCAGGAAGGUGUGGAGGAGCGAGUGGCGGCUUUCCGGAACUUCAGCGAUGAGGUGCGUCACAAUCUGUCGGAGGUUCUGCUGGCCACCAUGAACAUCCUGUUCACCCAGUACAAACGGCUGAAGGGGUCGCCUGCAGGAACACCAGGACGGAACCAGAGAAACUUGGAAGAUCGAGACAUGCACCUCCGCAGUCAAGCCAGGGCCCUCAUCACUUUCGCCGGCAUUAUUCCGUACAACAUGGCCGGAGACACAAACGCCAGGCUGGUGCAGAUGGAGCUGCUCAUGAACUGAGAGACACACACACACACACACACACACACUCAAGAUUGUCAUCAUUAUUUAGCAUUUAUUUUCCCCCAAAUGCUCUUCAUUUAUCAUUGUUUGUUUCAUUUGACUCAUUUUGUAAUUUGUUGUUCAACAUUUGUGUAACCAAUAAUUUGGAAUAAAAAUAAAAUAUUGGUUUUCUGUUUUUAUUUUUCUCACCAUUUUUGUUUUGCCUUGUCACGUUUGUUUUCAUUAUUCAUCCUCAUUUUCCAAGAUUCAUUCAGAGCUGAAUGGAUUCAGUCAUCUGUAAAAUGAUAAAUGCAGAAGUUAAAGUCUCAAUCUUGUCCAUGAGAUGAGAUACAAGACUGACAUGGUUUCAUUUCAAUUACUUCUUUUGUUGAUAAACCACAUAACAAAUGACCAUAAUGACAUUGGUAUGGAUCACAUCCUGAUCGGUUAUUCACCAUAGCAACCACCUGGACAUCAUCCAGCAUCGUUGUCACUGGUAGUUACAAAUAUCCACAGACACUGGAGCAAAUAUUGACGCCCUCCCCACACUCUGCUAGAAUCUGUGUCCCGUUCUGUCCUUCAGUCUGGCCUGAGAGGACACAGAUGGAGGCUCAUUCUGUCCCGGCUGCCACACAUACUGUUGGAAGAUGUGAAGUUCAUUCCGGGCCACACGCUGACUGUGCCAAGUACCAACAGAUUCUAGCUGUUGGAUUCAUCACAGAGAUGUAGACGGAGCUCUGACCUUCAUUACUGAACUGAAUCGCGGGAAACAAGAGCACACUGACUUGUCAAUUAGUGUUUCUAGAUCACUAUUUGGUCUCCUGGCAUUUAGAUUGAUAAUUAUCAGGCCUGGAAGGGGGAACUGCGCUGAGUAUACACCAUCGCUGCUUCUUUUAAGUUACGCUUCCUUCCAAGCCCAUGUAUUUGUUGAGCGUUCUUUUGCGUGAAAAGGAAAGUCCACUGCUGACUGGUUAAAUCCCCAAAGGUUUGUCUUUUACAUCCAGUUAGACUGGCUCAGCAUCUGAUAUUUACUCUGACUAUGGAAUGCCUCAACAAGUCAAAACUAUUCAGGAGAAUCGGACCUUUACCACUCUUCCUUCUACAUUAGCACAGAUGACAAGUCAAUUUUUAGAUGUACCAUGUUGAAAGGAAAGUGCAGUUACGUCACCAGGUCAUCUUUGAUAGAAUUGGAGUUGGUCGAAUAUCCCCUCACGUAAGAGCCAUUCAGCUGUGGUGCAGUACAGGAGCAGGACGAUGGUUGUGUGUUUGUGCGUCCGGCUGAUGAAGAAGGAGAAGAGGUGUUUGUGCUGCAGCUGGUGUUGUGAAUCAGGCCGAUGACAGACCC